CAAUGUCCAAUACAGUAACAAGUCAAGAGUUGGAGUCAGCACACCAAGAGGUGAUGAAGGAUCUAUACAAAGAUAUAAAGUUCUUGCGUUUCGGCGAAGAUGGUUGCUUUUUACCCAAGGUUUACAAGGAAGAUGCUGACAACUAUCGAACUAUGGCUGUUAGGCCCGAUGACGUCUGGGUGGCCACAUUUCCUCGUUCUGGAACGACCAUGACACAGGAAUUAGUCUGGCUAUUGAUGAACGACUUUGACUACGACACGGCGUCAAAAAUCGACCUGACUUCCAGAUAUGCAUUCCUCGAAACAAAACGUGUGGGUCUACUCACCAUUGUAUACAAAUCAAUUGAUCCAGAACUACUCGAAAAAGUUAACAAACAUCGGUGGUCUUAUGACGCCGUAACCAAUGUACCUUCUCCGCGUUUCAUCAAGACUCAUUUGCCCUUCUCACUCCUACCAGAGAAUCUUCUGGAUGGUAAAGUAGUCUAUGUAGCACGAGACCCGAGGGACGUAGCAGUGUCCUACUAUCACAUGAGCAGAUUGGUUAUGGCUAACACAGGAGACUUUAAAAGCUACUGGAAUCUUUUUGUCAAAGAUUUAGUGGUAUAUAGUCCAUAUUUUUCACACGUAAAAGCAGCAUGGGCAGCCCGUCAUCAUCCAAAUAUGUUGUUCAUAUUCUACGAAGACAUAAUAAAGGACUUACCAGCAGCUAUCAUGCGCAUAGCAGACUUCCUAGGCAAAGAAGUUACAGAUGAACAAGUGGCUAGACUAUGUGAACACUUAGACAUAAACAAAUUCAGAAAGAAUGAGUCCGUAAAUCGAUCAGAUCUGUCCAAAAUUAACCCUGCAGCUGAGACCUUCAUAAGAAAUGGUGGCGCCGGCGGAUGGCGGCAGCACUUCGACGAAGAGAUGGCGGCGCAGGCGCAGCGCUGGAUGCGAGACCACCUCACCGGCUCCGACCUGCGCUUCCCCGAACACACCUCCUAAUUGUUACAUAUUAACAUGAAACAGGAAAGAG